CACUUGAGUUAGUGCUAUAUUUAGGGAAAGAAAUAGGGUAUAAAUCACCAAGGAUCGCGUGCCGUGUUUGUUCUACAGGCGAAAGAUGAAGUGAUAUACAGAUGAGCACGUGAUCCUGUGGUUGAAGGGAAGCUACAUAAGCAAGUGAAGAUGAGUCUGGUUGUCAAAGUUACAAGCUGUUCUUCCCAGACAAAGAAACAGAGCUCUGACUGAGAGGCUGCUCUCUGCAUCUCGUCACUGAGUCGAUAACAUGGAUGAACCAUUUACAACUUUUAUGACCACGGAAAGUUACACUGAUCCAUCUGACUACUCAGAUGACUAUGACACAGGGCCGACCGAAAACACAGGCAUGUGUGACAGAAGCUGGGUCAGGAUGUUUCGUGGGCAGUAUGAGCCACCUCUCUUCUGGAUCAUCUUCAUCCUUGGUGCUGUGGGUAACCUGAUGGUGGUUUGGAUCUAUACCACUGUGCGCAACCGCCUGAAAACAAUGACAGAUGUGUACCUGCUAAACCUGGCUAUUGCUGACCUCCUCUUCCUGUGCAUGCUGCCCUUCUGGGCUGUUGAUGCCAUCAAGGGUUGGGACUUUGGCAUCAGUCUUUGCAAAAUGGUAUCCGCUAUCUAUAAAAUCAACUUCUUCAGCAGCAUGCUUCUGCUCACCUGCAUUAGCGUGGACCGCUACAUUGCUAUUGUACAAGUCACCAAGGCCCAGAACCUGAAGAAGAAGAGGCUGUUUUACAGCAAACUUGCCUGCCUGGGUGUCUGGUUUGUCUCCACUCUCCUGGCUCUCCCCGAGUUUGUCUUUGCCCAGGUGAAGACUGACCAUAACGGGCGGUCAUUCUGUACUCUGGUCUACUGGAACAACGUGAACAACCGGACUAAGAUCCUGGUGCUGUCCCUGCAGAUCUGCAUGGGCUUCUGCCUUCCUCUACUAGUUAUGGUCUUUUGUUACUCCGUCAUCAUUCGCACACUUCUGCAGGCCAGGAACUUUGAAAAGCAUAAGGCCCUACGUGUCAUCUUUGCUGUGGUGUUUGUGUUUGUUCUCUCUCAACUGCCUUUCAAUAGUCUGCUAAUAGUGGAGGCCACGCAGGCUGCUAAUACCACUAUGACGGAAUGCAACAUUGUAAUUGGUUUUGAUAUAGCUGGACAGGUUGCCAAGAGCCUGGCGUACACUCACGCCUGUCUGAACCCGUUCCUGUACGUUUUCAUUGGAGUACGGUUCAGAGAAGACUUGUUGAAAAUUGUGAAGACGUGUGUUGGCUGUCUGGGCAGUGGAGGGCUCACUAAAAUACAGGCAGUUCCCAAACGUCCCUCUGUCAUGUCAGACACUGAUACUACCCCUGCCCUUUCCAUAUAAAUGCCCAUUUUCCUGAAAUCCUAAACCUGAGACCUGAGCCUAGUUCCAUAUGGUCAUAUUCCUCAUUUUGUUCUUCAUGCAUUACUUCCCACUAGCAGAGCAAUGCUAACAUUUCAACUUUUCAAUGCUAGCAUUUACAGUUUUUAUUCAUCAGCUACAUAUUCUGACAGUUAUUGGCACAAUUUUUGGGAAUCACUGUAUAAAGUGUAUAUUAAUGUAAAUACAGUGUGUUGUUUUAAGUUUUUUGCAUUUGUUCUAUCAUGUAUUUCUUGUGUGCUGCUGUAACUGAAUAGAAAAAAAAAUGCAUUUUUGAUUAUCAGCUACAAAACAACAAUUAAAAAUGAAAAUUAAAAAAUCU